UAUUUCCCACCAACACGUUCGUAGCGCAGAGAAGGACCAGGAAUUGGGGAGACGUGUACAACUGCCGCCCCAUCCGGAGACUCCGCUCCGGAUGGCGCUUGCUUGACCUCCGGACUUCCGUUGAGGAACAUUUCUGGCUCAAUCCAUCACAAGAAGAGAGAGAAAGAAAAAACAGAAGAACGAGAAAGCCACAAGUCUCUGUUGCAUCUUACGCUUCUUGGAGGGAAAAAAAGAAACAAAAGUUAUUUCCCUCUCUCUUUUGCUCUUUUCAAAUUGACUACAAGAGUGAUUUUCGGUCGAUUGAUUUGAUUGAUGAUUGAUAUGGUGCUCUGAUUUGGAGAUACGACGAUGGCUAACCGAAACGCCGAACAGUCUCAGGGAGAAUGCGGCAGUCCUCCGUCUUCGCCACCUCCCCCUCCGGACGAUCCUUCUGCUGGUUCUCGUGUUGGCAACACGGUUUUCAAGAGUGGACCACUUUUCUUAUCAUCUAAAGGAAUUGGAUGGACCUCCUGGAAAAAGAGAUGGUUUAUUCUUACACGUACUUCACUAGUUUUCUUUCGAAGUGAUCCAAAUGCUGCUCCUCAGAAAGGGGGGGAGGUGAAUUUGACUCUCGGUGGCAUUGAUCUCAACAAUUCAGGCAGUGUUGUUGUGAAAAGUGAAAAAAAACUCUUGACUGUGCUCUUUCCUGAUGGUCGAGAAGGACGGGCAUUCACACUGAAGGCGGAAACAUUGGAGGAUCUCUAUGAAUGGAAGGCCGCACUGGAAACUGCUUUGUCUCAAGCACCUAGUAGUGUCCAUGCUAAUGGUAUCUUCAAGAAUGAUAAGAUCGAAUCAAAUGAUGGGUCUUCAGAGACGUUGAAGGAUGGAUCACAGCUCGGAAGACCAAAAGUCCUUGGUAGGCCAGUUUUGCUUGCUUUGGAAGAUGUUGAUGGAACUCCCUCCUUUCUGGAGAAAGCCCUUAGGUUUAUAGAGGACCACGGAGUCAAAGUUGAAGGCAUUUUGCGACAAGCUGCAGAUGUUGAUGAUGUUGAACGUCGUGUGCGGGACUAUGAACAGGGAAAGAUCGAGUUUUCUCCAGAAGAAGAUGCACAUGUAGUGGCUGACUGCGUGAAGUAUGUCAUCCGGGAGUUACCAUCAUCUCCAGUUCCGGCAUCUUGCUGUAACGCAUUACUAGAAGCAAGCAAAACUGAUCGAGGUAACAGAGUGAAUGCUAUGCGAUCUGCAAUAUAUGAAACCUUUCCAGAACCAAAUCGCCGUUUACUGCAGAGAAUUCUUAUGAUGAUGCAAACUGUAGCGUCUCGUAAAGCUGAGAAUCGAAUGAGCUCUUCAGCUGUGGCAGCGUGCAUGGCCCCCUUACUCCUUCGUCCACUUUUAUCCGGUGAUUGUGAGAUUGAAACUGAUUUUGACGUGGGGGGUGAUGGUUCUAUUCAACUUCUUCGUGCAGCUGCCGCUGCAAACCAUGCUCAAGCCAUAGUUAUUACUUUACUGGAGGAAUAUGACAUAAUUUUUGGGGAAGGUUCUCUGUCGCCUAUAAUGUAUUCGGAUUCAGAAGAGAGUGGAAGUGAGAGUGAGGAGGCAAGUGAUGAUGAUAUGUCUUACGAUGAUGAAGAACAAGAUGAUGUCACUGGUUCUGAUGCAGAAACAGACGAUGGAGUUGAAUCAACUGGAACAUGCAGUGGGAGUGUUUACUCUGAGGAGCACGAUUUAUCUGGUGAUAAGGGUUCUGAAGUAUCAAGUGGUAGUCCGAAGAAUUCUGACGUUUCUAAGGUAAAUGGAAGGAAGCCAAAAUCGAGUUCCCCCAAAAAAAAAUUGCCUCAAGUUCGAAGCAAGAAGACCGUUCGAGGUAGAGGUAAUCCACCAAUCAAGGAUGAAAAGCCUUGUGAAGAAUAUGAAUCCGAAGAAGCAAAUAUGAUGCACAAGUUGGAUCCUUGUUCAUCUUCAAGCUUUGAUGGUUCUCCAAGUAAAAGUUCCCACACGUCAAGGCGUCUCACCGUUUGGGGACGCACGCCUGCAAAGAAGAACCUCUCCAUGGAAUCCAUGGAUCUUGAUUUUGACGAAGAGGUUGAAAUCCAGAAACUUGAAGCCACUAAAUAUGAACUGCAAAAUAAAAUUUUGGAGGAGGCCAAAGAAAAUUUUACUUUGCAAUCCAGUCUGGAAAACCAAAAGAAGUAUUUGCAUGAGCGUCGUAUAACUCUUGAGCAAGAAGUGGCAAGACUAAAGGGCCAGUUGCAAAAGGAGAGAGAUCUAAGGAUGGCUCUUGAAGUAGGACUUAAAAUUUCUCAAGGCCCCUUGCCGAGUUUACCUAAUAUUAGUGAAAAGACAAAGGCAGAUCUUGAAGAAAUAGAUCAAGCAGAGAAAGACAUUGCCAAUUUAAACAACAUGGUGGCUGACUUUGAAGGACAGCUCGAUAGGCUACGUCCUUCUUCUGAUUCACGUAAUGCCUCACAGAAUCAUCAAACAAAAUCGAAGGACAAGAAGAAGGAUGCUGGAGCUUUAGCCCUUUUACAUCCUGAACACUACAGAAAUAAGGAUAUCCUUUCAGGUCAAGCAGAAAAUGGCAACGAAAAGAAGACGGAAUCAUCAUCUUCCACAAGUAAACACUCCCCUCACAACCAGCAUCCAGAUCAUCAUGCCAUUGUCAGAUCAGUUGGGUUUCCGACCAUGGAGGCAUUAGCACCAAGGUCAACGGCUCUAACGAAUCUGAAGAGGGCUGCUGCAAGGGUUGAGGGUUCAAAUCUCACCUCUUCAGCACUGACGAAGCUGACUACCAGACUCAAUUUCUUGAAGGAGCGUCGCAGCCAGAUAGCUAAUGAACUCCAGAAUAUGGACCGGGGGCGAGUUUCAGGUCAAUCAUUAGAGAAUACGGAUAAGGGCAGAGGAGCUGAAGCAAAGCGCUCAGUCCAAAAUUCUGAUGUCACUCAAGGGUCGUCUAGUCAGGACUCGGAUAAGAGAGCAGGAACUGAUAGCAGCAGCAGCAGCCAGCCCCGAAACUGAGAUGCACACAAUAAAGGAACAAGAACAGAAGGCCAAAGCCAGAGCAGCAGUAAGUAUUAUGGAUAGAGGAAAAGAUCAGAGAAUCAUCUGGCCCUUGAGGACAAUAGCAGCAAAGCUUUGGCAACUUCAUGAGUGUUUUAAGAUAGAUAUCUUCGGAGCAGCGAGUUGUUAAUCAUGGCCUUCUGAACAUGGAGGGGAUGAAUGAUGAUAUUCAUUCUGAGGUUGCAAACAGUGAAAGUGAAGAAUCCUUCACUCUGAAUGAAAAUGGCACGAUGGAUGUACAGAUGAAACCAGUUUCUUGAUCAAAGCUGCUGAAUUAUUUGCCUUUUUGUUGGUUUCUGAUUCUUUUUCUCUCAGUGAAUAGCCCAAAGCUUGUAUAGGAAGGAUUGUUGCUAUGCUUUCAGCAUUGGUGAAAUUCCAUUUUAAAUUGAUUCUAAGUUUACUGUUUGAACUAUGCCCAAACAAAGAUUUCAAGAUAGAAGAACAAACCCCAUUUGAUCCUAAUUAAUUCAUUCAUUUACUGGAUAUGAUAUUUUUGGUUUAA